GUUCAGUUGUCUUUUGUUUUUCAAGAGAAAUACAGUUCUGAGUGAAGUACUUGUAAGGAAAUGUGUAAAUUUUCAAUUUUUUUCGUUGCUUUUUGUACAUUACUUAGAGUACAAAUUAUUGAAGCGAAUAAAAUAUGUAUAACUACAGCACCUACUGAUGCACCAACGCAAGCACUCUCUGCAUAUUGGGUUCAAGUUACUGGUUCCCCUGAAGAAAUCCCCGAAGGUGCUCUUGUUGGAGGCUAUAUUAACGACUAUCCAAGUUAUGGUGAUAAUGAUAAAAAUUAUAACGUUUGCAGAGGUUUCCGUGGCGGAGCAUUAACUCCUGGAAAAUAUGGUGCAUUUUAUGUAACAGCUUAUGAUGCUUGCACUAUUGGUUGGGGUGGUGAAGAAUUUCAUACAUAUGAAUUCGAAAUAUUGGUUGGAUCCGGUAACUGGGUUUCUUCUUCUGGAUCGAAUAUUCCACCAAAUGCUGUGCCUGGUGGUGAAUCUGAAGAUGGUGAAGUUCUGUAUGUUUGUCGUGUCAAUCAUAGCGGAAGUGUCAUCGUUGGAAAAUUCCAUCCAUCAUAUAGCAAUUGUUUUAUCACAUAUCAUGGAUAUGAGAGUAGUUUCUAUAAUUUUGAAGUUUUGACUUAUCUUUGA